UCUCUCUGCUUCACCACCAGAGAAGAAACAUCCAAAAAAUCACAUUUUUUCUUCAUUUUUAUCGUCGUUUUAAGAAAACAAAGCUUCCCCGAUUAGGGUUUUAUUUAGAAGAAUGGGAUUAUGGAAUGGAAAAGGCACCGGAGGAUUUAUCCUCUACCUUCUCGUGGGUUUCUCCGUCGCCGUCUUCUCUGUUUUUUACGUCGGAGACACAUCAAACCCUAAUCAUCAUCAUCAUCUCUCUUCCUCCUCUCCUCUCUCUGCCACCGAAAAAAUUUGGCCGGAUUUGAAGUUUAGCUGGAAACUUGUGUUGGCUACAGUGAUAGCGUUUCUAGGAUCAGCUUGUGGUACUGUUGGUGGUGUUGGAGGUGGUGGGAUUUUUGUUCCUAUGCUUACUCUCAUUCUCGGGUUUGAUACAAAAUCUGCAGCUGCAAUAUCAAAAUGUAUGAUAAUGGGAGCAUCAGCAUCAUCAGUUUGGUACAAUGUAAGAGUUCGUCAUCCGACAAAAGAAGUACCAAUCUUAGACUAUGAUCUUGCUCUUCUUUUUCAACCAAUGCUUCUUCUCGGUAUCACUGUUGGUGUUUCUCUCAGUGUUGUUUUCCCUUACUGGCUCAUCACUGUCCUCAUCAUCAUUCUUUUCGUUGGUACUUCUUCGAGAUCUUUUUUCAAAGGCAUUGAGAUGUGGAAGGAAGAGACAUUGUUAAAGAACGAAAUGGCGCAGCAACGAGCUAAUAUGGUUAAUUCCCGGGGAGAACUUUUAAUCGACACAGAGUAUGAGCCGCUUUACCCGAGAGAAGAGAAAUCAGAGCUGGAAAUAAUACGCUCUAACCUCAAAUGGAAACGGCUUCUAGUUCUGAACGAAAUAAAGGUCUGCAGCACAAUAUAUUGGAUACUAUUCGUCUUACAGUUCCCAGUUGCUUUAGCGGUGUUUGGAUUUGAAGCAAUAAAAUUGUAUACAGAGAACAAAAAGAGGCUAAGCAGUGGAAACACUGAAUGUAUCUGUGAAGCUACGAUCGAGUGGACUCCUCUGAGUCUAAUCUUCUGUGGUCUCUGUGGUGUCAUUGGAGGCAUCGUAGGUGGUCUCCUCGGAUCCGGUGGUGGAUUUGUUCUCGGCCCUUUGCUUCUUGAGAUUGGAGUCAUCCCACAGGUUGCUAGCGCGACAGCUACCUUUGUGAUGAUGUUUUCUUCGUCUUUAUCCGUAGUCGAGUUCUAUCUCCUCAAAAGAUUCCCAAUCCCAUACGCAAUGUAUUUGAUUUCGGUAUCGAUUCUUGCCGGGUUUUGGGGACAAUCCUUUAUAAGAAAACUUGUGGCGAUUCUGCGAAGAGCUUCCAUCAUCGUUUUCGUUCUCUCAGGAGUCAUUUGUGCCAGUGCUCUCACGAUGGGAGUGAUUGGGAUAGAGAAGAGCAUAAAGAUGAUACAUAACCAUGAAUUCAUGGGAUUCUUGGGAUUCUGCAGCAGUCAAUGAAUCCUUCAAUCUAUCUGAACAAAAGUUUCAAGUGUUUUAUUUUGAUAUAUUGGACAAUUUCGGUUGUCCAACAUCAUUAUUGUGAGAAGUUAUAAAACCCAGAUUGUUUACUUGCAGUCCAAGUCAUUUGUGCUCUGUUUUUGGUCAAUACAUAGUUGACCAUCUU